AUGGCUCAAUCCGUUCCUCCAGGAGACAUCACCACCCAGCCCGGCACCAAGGUCGUGUUCAACGCCCCCUAUGACGACAAGCACACCUACCACAUCAAGGUGAUCAACGCCGGCGGUCGUCGUAUCGGAUGGGCCUUCAAGACCACCAACAUGAAGAGAUUGGGCGUCGACCCUCCAUGCGGUGUGCUGGACCCCAAGGAGGCUGUGUUGGUCGCCGUGUCUUGCGACGCCUUCCAGUACGGUCAGGAGGACACCAACAACGACCGUAUCACCAUCGAAUGGACCAACACCCCCGAUGGCGCCGCCAAGCAGUUCCGCCGCGAGUGGUUCCAAGGUGACGGUAUGGUCCGCAGAAAGAACUUGCCCAUCGAAUACAACCCUUGA